AUGAAGCUCUUGAAGGAGAAGCAUAUAUCCUUUAUCAAAUCAUUAGAUAAGAAGCAUGAGGACUUCGAGUAUUGGGUUACGGAGCAUCUGAGGCUUAACGGUAUAUACUGGGGUCUUACUGCGCUUUGCUGCCUUGGUGCGAAGGAUGCAUUCGACAGAGAAGAUAUUAUUGCGUUUGUCAAGAGAUGCUGGGAUAAGCGAACGGGUGGGUUUGCGGCAUAUGAAGGCCACGAUGCGCAUUUGCUGACGACGUUGUCAGGUAUACAGGUGUUGGCUACUUACGAUGCGCUCGACACAUUAACACCUCAGGAGGUUGAGCAAUGUGUGAACUUCAUCGAGGGCAACCAAAUGGCGGAUGGAUCAUUCCAAGGGGACCGAUUCGGCGAAGUGGAUACGAGGUUUGUGUACACUGCAUUGAGCUCACUGAGUAUCCUGGGUAGGCUUUCAGCGAAGGUCGUGGAUCCUGCCGUAGAGUUCAUCAAACGCUGCUACAACUUCGACGGCGGGUUUGGACUGUGUCCGGGAGCCGAGAGCCACGCAGCACAGGCGUUUACCUGCAUCGGCGCUCUCGCUAUUGUUGGAAGAUUGGGUGAUUUAUCUGCGCGGCAGCUGGAGGACAUCGGGUGGUGGCUUUGCGAGCGUCAGGUACCGGAGGGCGGCCUGAACGGAAGACCAAGUAAACUCCCAGACGUUUGCUAUAGCUGGUGGGUGCUUUCUACGUUAGCGAUCUUGGGCAAAGCGGACUGGAUCGAUCACGAAAAGCUGGGCGACUUCAUCCUGGCGUCGCAGGAUCCAAAGAGCGGCGGCAUCAGCGAUCGGCCAGAAAAUCAGGUCGACGUUUUCCACACUCUUUUCGGAAUCGCUGGGCUCAGUUUGAUGAAGCACGACGGCUUGGUUCCCAUUGACCCCAUCUACUGUAUGCCAUACGAUAUUACGGAAAAGUUCAAGAAAUAUCCAUACGAAACAUGA